AUGCCUAACCUCGAAGACUACUUGAAACUAGUCAAGAUCAACGAUUUUGACAUCAAUGAGUACAUGGACAAGCUCAAGGAAGACGACGUCCCAAUCGUUGGUCUUUCUGUCUCGGGUGGUGGUACCCAGUCUGGGCUAGGUGGCCUUGGUAUCUGGAAGGCCUUUGAUGCUCGUUCCGAUGCAGCCAUCGCUGCUCGUACUGGAGGUCUAACACAGCUUCUGUCCUACAUCACUGGACUCUCAGGCGGUGGUGCUAUCACUGUCUCUCUUCUCGCGGCAAACAAUUUCACGACGACAGACAACAUUCAAAAGGCCACCAACUUCUCAACUUCUUAUGCUGAAGGUCCUGAUGGUAACCAGACAGACUUCUUCAAUACUAUCUUUGAAAACGCCGGUGCCAAAGAUGAAGCCGGCUUCCCUGUGUCUGUGGCCGACACCUUUGGCCAGUUCUGGGGAACAUGGCUCCCCGAGGAUCAAUUGUUCAGUAACUACUCCGACAUUGCCGACAACGGGACAGCUUUUGCCAUGGGCGAUGCACCUAUGCCUAUCCUGUGCUUUGCAGAGGUCGUCCCCGGUAAAUCUCCUGAGAUCGGGAAGCUCAUGUACCCAACUCUUAACACUUCCAACCUCUUCAACUUGACCGCCUAUGAAGUCACACCCUACGAGUUUGGAUCUUGGGCUGGCGGUCGUGUACAAGCUUUCAUAACAACCAAGUAUCUCGGCACGUCCAUGUCUGAUGGCAAACCGCAGAACAGAAGCGAGUGCGUCGAGGGCUUCGAUAAACUUACUCUCAUGCAAGGAACUACCACCAACGCUUUCACCGCAUGGUUCACCGCAUGGUUCAUUGACUCCUUCUACGGGGUUCCGAUAUUUGCGAAGCGUUGGUUGGACAAGAGACAAAAGGCGAACCCGGAUAUCAAUGAUGUUCCUAUCCCAGAUGACGAAGAUGAUAAUCCGUUGGUGCAACUGGUCAAUCAGACGGCUUUGUACUUUGACUUGACCUUUAACCAGUCACUGUGGGCGACUUAUCCUAACCCAUUUGAGGAUUACAACGACGAUAUGAAGGAUGUUUCGGAGCUCCUACUUAUCGAUGGAAGUCUUUCUCUGGACACCAAUCCUCUCCGUCCAUUAAUCAUUCCCGAGCGAAAGCUUGAUUUGAUCAUUGUCUACGAAGCAUCAUCUGACGCACCCAACUCAUGGAAUAAUGGGACAAACCUGAGGCACACCGCUCUUGCUGCCUCUCAGGGUGACAUCCCCUUUCCCAAAAUUCCCGAUGUCAACAGCAUUGUUGCCCAGAACCUCUCUUUUCAGCCUACUUUCUUUGGAUGCAACGCCAGCGAAGAUACUCCUCUUCUUCUCUGGCUUCCCAAUGCGCCAUGGACAGGCUACACCAACUACUCCUACACGCAAUCAGAGUUCACCCCAGCCCAGCUCGAUAUUGCUUUCGACAACGCCUUCCAGGUAGCUACAUACGGUAAUGGAAGUGUUGACGAGAACUGGCCCGCCUGUCUCGCUUGUGCGGCUAUCAAGGGUUCCUUACGGAGGGUGGAUAUCAAUCUGCCCAAGCAAUGUGAUGAGUGUUUCAGCAAGCAUUGUUGGAACGGAACGACAAGUUCACGAAAGGCUACUGCUGCUGACUUUGAUCUGAAGCCUAGACUUGAUCCUGGGCUGACGUUUGAAAAGUGGAACUCCAGCGAUUGGUAUGGUGAGUCGAGGACCAACAGUAGUGGUGGGGAUAGCAAAGAAGAUAACUCUGCUGGAGCCAAGGUUGGGAAUAAUGUUAUUGGCCUUGUUCUGUCUGUAGCCGCGAUGGUUUAUAUUCUGUAG